CCUACACGCGACGUGAGUUAUCCGUAUUGUUUUUACACGCGGUUGAUGCGGUUUGCGAAACGCCAGCGUGCCACGCUGCUGCCUGUUCGCACUGCAAUUUCGCGAAAUUGGAAUUUUGCGAAUGCAAGCAGAAAUUUUCGGCGAUAGUGGCGGCGUUGCGAUCGGCUGCGUCAGUGAAACGGGAAAUAGCGCAAUGUCGCCUCGGCGGCACGAAACACGGCGUCCACGAUCCAAGAUGUCCGCAGUCCGGCGAUAGAACGCGUAUAUCUUCCGGGGGGUGUCAACAGAGAAAUCGCGAAAUAUUCUUGCAGUGCGCAGCACGUGUUGAUUCUUUGUCUGAAAGAUCGCGAGAUCGGCCGAGAUCACGGCGUUGUUGACGCUUGUGUCCUGUACGCUUGUAACCAACUCGUGCGUUGCGACUCGAAUGCGCGACGACGACAGCGCGAGAAUCAAGGAACGAAUGUCGAGAAAGAGGGAGAGAGAGAGAAAGAGAAAGUGAGCGGGACGACGAUCGACAAGCGUCAACUGGUGCUUCGUGUAUAAUUUGUGUGAUUGUGCUGAACGUAAAUUCGCUCACGCAGAUCACGGAACACAGGCAGCUUGGUUGCUGAAGCGCUUUGAACGAUCGGAGACUCGAGACCACGUCCGACGUCCGCACCGUCUCGUGAGAUCUCGAGAAACGUGCAACAUCGAGGUGCACGGCGGAAUCAUCGCGGGCUUGCCGCUUUCCAAUAUCAUUUAUUCUGACUUCUGGACGGCCAAACAGUAUCAGGUCAAAAACAUUUUUGAUCACUGCUUUUCAAAGGAUAAUUCGUAACGCCGUCCAUCUGAAGGCUCUAGUUGGGGCACGAGAAUAUUAGCCACGGACGGAUAGUUGGUCACACAGUAGCAAAUUUAUAAGAAGAAUGCAGUGGAUAUAUGUUUAAGCAAACAUUAAGAUGUCAAGUGAUAGUGAUCAUACUUAUCCAGUAAACAAGCGUAAAAAACUCAUCAUAACUGACAGUGACAACAGUGAUGAGUCUAUCAUUGUACAAACUCGAAGGAGAAAAAAGAUACAUAGAGUUGUUAGUGAGGAGGAAAGUAGUGAUGAUAGUGAUGUACCUAAACCUGUGAUUAGACGACAAAAAAAAUAUAGAGUUAUUAGUGAGGAUGAAUCUAAAUAUGAUAGUAGUGCAUCAGAAGCAAAUAAAUCCACUCAAAUUGAUACAAAUACAAACAGCAAUACAUCCGAAUGGCACAGUGAUUGGUCUAGUUCUGACGAAGUACAUAAGAAAUCCAAAAGAUAUAACACUAAACGCAAGGUUUUAUCUAGUUAUGAUGGUAGCUCCUCAGAGGCAAAUGCAUCCACUCAGAUUGAUAAUAACAGCGAUACAUCUUCCGAAUGGCAAAAUGACUGGACUAGUUCCGAUGAGUUUGAUAAAGACAUUAAAUAUAAUUCUAAACGCAAAGUUUUAUCUAAAACAAAGAAAAAGACAGAUAAAUCUGUAUCUUCACCGGCUAAUGUUGAUAUAGAUUCUGAUAAUAGUGAUGGACAAUUAGAAAAGUGUCCCAUAUGUCUACUGCCAUUUAGAAAACAACAAGUUGGUACACCAUCUGCCUGUGAACACUGCUUCUGUUUAGAGUGUUUACUGGAAUGGAGUAAGAAUAUUAAUACUUGUCCUGUGGACCGCCAAAUCUUUACUAUUAUACACGUUAGAAAUCAUCUUGGCGGCAAGGUUAUAAAACACUUGCCAGUAGAAGUUGUGCCACGUCCUGAAGAUCAAGUGCAAGAUGAUCCAACAUUUUGUGAAGUAUGUCACCUAAGUGACAGGGAAGAUCGAAUGUUACUUUGCGAUGGUUGUGAUUGUGGUUACCAUCUGGAAUGUCUAACACCUCCGAUGACUGAAGUUCCCAUGGAAGAAUGGUUUUGUCCAGAAUGUUCUCAAAAUAGUCAAAAUGAUGCAGAAGCGAUUGAAAUUGACUUGGAUGAGAUCUCAGAUCUUAUGGAGGAAGCACGGCAUCUUGGUGUAUCGUACGGUCGUAGCCGUACCGGAACAACGCCAGAGAACGGAGCGUUGAUUCCUAGAAUUGUACCUCGCACUCGCCAUACAGAACGCGUACGUGCUAACAUUCGUAAUCGUACUGUGCGCAACACUAUAACAAAUAUCCGAUUUAUCGAUCCGAAUCAGCCGUCUACGUCGUCUGGUCUCGAUUCGAUCGGUGAUAAUAGUCAUUCUCCAAAUGCUAAUUUUCGUGCGUGCGGACGCAAUACUUCGUCCACUCGCUCAAAUAGAACAUCUAAGACUAAAACGACAAAGAAAAAGAGAAAGAAACGCGAGACAAAGAGCUCAGCGAGAAAGAACAGUACUGUGGUUCGAGAAGUGAGAAUUAGAGAGAUCAACGAUAAUGGCGAAGAGGAGGAGAUUGUGACGUACGUCAAAGUAGCAUCGUCCACAUCGAGGAGGAAGUGUAAGAAAAGAACAAAGAAAACGCGCAAGAGGAGAAAAAGCAAACGACAUGCACGCACUGUAUCAUCCGUGUUGGCCGACACGCGAACGGUAAAAAAGAGAUUAGCCACUGCACUGGGUAUGAAUAAGCCAAAGUUAGACGUCCCGUUGCUUGUACCUACUAUGAAGAAUAAUAUCUCGAUAUCUGAGAAAAGCGCUCUCAAGACUGCCAGAUACAACGCCGGUAUACCUCGAGUCAGUCUCUUCGGAGACAAUCUGGGGCUGGACUACAGCCCGCCGGUGUCGGAGGAUGAUGAUGAUGAAUACUCUAUCGGAAGCGGUCCGUUGAUCGUGAACGUACAACGACGCUCGGCUGUACCGUCGAUCAGACGUCGUGCCGUUCUAAAGACAAUCGCCAGUUCAGUGAACGAAGCAGAAAACAGGGGUAUGCCGAAUAUUCUAGAUAGUAUAAUUAACAGCCAGGAGCUGUGGCAUUCUACCAAGAAGAAUAAUAUCACCUUGAUGGCCGACGGCACAUUGCUAAUGAACAAUCCUGAGAAGGAGAACAAGCACAGCGUUAACAAUAACGAAAGUCCAAAGAAAGAGAAGGAGGAGGUGGUGACGCAGCGCAAGGAAGUGCUGCUGAAGGAGGUCGAAACGCCGUUGGAUCUGACCAACGUGAAUCCCAACAAUAUCACGCAAGCCCCGAUGUACAACAAUCCGUGCGGCGGUGGGAAUCGGGGUAAUUUCCGCGGUGGCUACCGCGACAACGGUCGUCAUGGUCAUCACGGCGGCCAAAGCUAUGGAGGCGGUCGGGAUUCCUUGCCACCGGGCGGUGGUAGACACGGCUAUGGCAGUGGCAGCGGCAAUACCGGACCGAGGGACAGCUUCGGCAACCGCGACUUCGGCCCGCCGCCGUUUUACAAUCCGAGCUUCGAGCACUGCGGUGGUCCGCCCAUGUUCAGCGGUACGCCGCCGCCUCCUUUUCGAAGUCGCAACCCUCAGCACUUCCGUAACGAACGAUUGCGAUUCCCGCCGCCGAUUGAGCGGCCGUUCAACAAUUACACGAGCGACGGUUUCGAGCGACCGCCCUUUCCGCAUGCUCAAGAUCAGCGCUUUCCUAGGCCCAGACUGCCACCGCCUUUGGGAAUACCGCCGCCGCCUCCUUCUGCUCCGUCCGUACCACCUGCAAAUCCAACGGCGGAUCCUCUGAGUACGCAGUCGGCGUCGGCGUCGGCGUCUGCGUCGGCGCAUGUGCGCAACAGUCUACCUGCUGGCUUACCGGAAAUGGAUGUAACGCGGAAUUAUCAGUCAGAACGUAGUGAACGCGCGAGUUCGUGUAUCCCACCCGAGCCUGUGUCUGCGCCCAUGGACACCAGACAGGAGAAUAAUGACGAUUGCGAUAUUUAUUGCGAUAUCGAGCCGCCGUCCAAAUCCGACGUCCAAGAGGAGCAGCACCAUGGCAACGGUGCGAUGAUUCUACUACCGCCACCGGAGCCCCCGUCUAGUUUACUGGACUUCGAAGAGAACUCGCGAAGCGACAAGGAUAACGAUAGCGAGCAGGAGCUGGUGAUUGACGACAGCCACAAGGAGGAUCACACACCGAAGAAUCUGACGCCGAGCGGCGACAAGUACGACCCGUUCGCAGCCGACAGCGACAGCAACGAUGACAACAACGCUGCGAGCUCGGAGAAGACGCUGCUUGAGAAAAUGACGGAGGUGCCUCAGAAUAACAUGGACAGUUGUAACAUACCUAUGCCGAUCGCGCCGCCGCCGAUGAUGUCUACACCGACGAGCGGUCCCUCGAUGCCCACCGGAAGUGCUGCGUCUGAGAACAGAGAACGGCCGCAGGAACCUUCCAUCCGUCUGACCGCGUACGACGAUGACGAUGGCGAUAACGAAUCGCAGUCGGAUUGUCCGAACUUCUCUGUCUACUCGUCGCAAACCAUGGACGUGGCCAGACACACAGAGCAAGAGCUGUCGCAGCAGCUGGGUCCUCUGCAGCCGCCACCGUUGCCACCGAGCAUGCCCGAUGACGACGACAUUAUCGUGGGCGAUGUGCAGGCGUGCGACCUACCCGAUAUGCCGGAGCCGGCCAACCCCUAUCUGGAGGCACUGCAGAAGGAGCGACAAAUCUUGAGCAAAAUACCACCCAAGAAGAUCUCGCACGACUCGCACCGCGGUAAGAUCACCUUCAAGAUCGGCAACAAACUGCGACUCAACAAUAGACUAAGCGGCUUGCAUGACGAUCAGAGCGUGAACCCGCAGAAUCAUCAAUUGACGUCGACGGACGUGGCCGGUAGCAAGGCAGCGUCGCAGAAAGUCGACAGGUCGAAGCAACAUUUCCACGAUCAAUUUGUGAAGCGUGACACGAAGAAAGCGGCGUCGUCGCUGGACGACGAGUCGCAGGAUAAGAAUGCAGACAAGAGCGUCGUCGGCCCGUCGAAACUGGCAGGAGAAUCCACGGGCAGCAGACCAUCGAUAAUUUUGAAUCAGUCCGUAAAGAUGGAUUCGCUAUUCGUGAUCGAAGAAGAUGGGAACACUGUGGCGAAGAUCGCGCCAGGUUUAAAGAAGAGAGAAUCGCCGAGGACUGAUCGGCGCGGGAGUAAAGAAUGUUUGGUGAGUUCGUCGGAUGAGGAAGCUACGAAGGAAGAAGGCGAGAAAUCAGGACGUGCCGACGCGUUAUCCGCCGACAAGCAAGAGGCCGAAGGCAACAAACAAGAAAAAGAAGAAGAAGAAGAAGAGGAAGAAGAAGAAGACGAAGCAUCGUCGCCACCUCGAUCAGCGAUGAGGAACAAGAAUGUCGCGAUUGUGGAGAACGCGACAGGAUCAUCGUCGUCAUCGUCGCCGACGUCUUUAUCUCCGAGGAAGCCGGACAGUAGCGAGUUGGAUAUAGAACAUAGUCCGGAGAAUUUGGACGCUGAUGACGGCAACACGAGCAACAAGGUCGUUUUGAGUCACCGCUCGAACGAUGGUGGGUCGCGAAGCGAGACAAGCUUGCACGACGACUCGCGGGAGCAGGAAUCGAGCAGCGAUGACGAUGACCGUUCGCUGAGCAAUAGACCUGACGGCAAGACGAAUCGCGAUAAAUACGAUAACGAUAGAGUGCUGAGUGACGAUAACGAUAACGAGGAUCUGAACAUCUCGUCGGAUCAGCAGCACGAAAAGACGAGCCCGAGCUACUCGGACGACGAGGUAGAGGAACAGUUUCCGAUAGAGAAGGAUAAACUGGCGGAUAUACCGAUACCAAGUGUCGCUUACCCGAUCGACAACAACUGGGAGUCGGACGGUGCUUAUACGCCCUGCAAGGACGAGUUACCUGUGAAGGAUGAGGAUGGGACGUUGCAUGCUACGUCGUCAUUUGAGGAUGGCGGUUUAGAGCCGAUCACCCCGACAAAGGACAAGGCUAAUGAUGACUUGGACGACUGCAGGACACCGCCGGCGAGCUACGCCGGUCUGGGCACCGAAGAUAUCUCCGAGACCGACGAAGCGAUCAACUUCGAGGAGGAGCUGUUGAACUUGGCUGCGUUGCGUAAGGAGAAGGAGAUGGAGGACGGUGAGAUACUGGACGAGAGCAAGUUGAACGCGAAGGAACAGCGGGAGAAGUCGAGGGAGAAGGAAGACGAUACUAAGAGAAGAAAGAAGAAGGACAAAAAGGAGAAGAGCAAGGAGAAUACGGAGAAGAACAAGGAGAACAUUUCGUCGGACAAUCUGGUCUCGUGGAAGAAGAUCUCGAAGAGCACGAAGGAAAGGCAAUAUCGGGACAAAGACAGGAGGUCCAAGUCGCGAGAGAAGGAGAAAGGAGAACGGGACAAGGACAAAGAUAAGUCUUCCAAGAAAAAGGUCAAAGAAGUGAGCAAGAAGAAGGAGAAGCGAAAAGAGCUGCCGCGGUACGACGUAAGAAAGAUCGUGGCCGAGAAACCUCGACCGAGGAAAGACGAAUAUGGCAGGGACAUCAGAGAAAAGUCGCGCAGCAGAUCGAGGAGCCGCUCGUCGGGCAAGGUCUCCGGGUCGAAGGACCGCAGAAGUCGGUCAUACUCGAAGGGACGAACCAGAAGCAGAUCCCGUGUGCGAUUGUCCUGGUCGAGAGAUCGCCGGUCGUAUUCGAAGUCGUGCCGGUCGAUUUCGCGCAAUAGACGCUCGACCUCCCGCAACAGACGCAAGUCAUCGCGCAGGAGAUCCAUGUCGCGUAAACGUUCCUUGUCCAGACGACACUCAGUGACGCGUCGAAGGUCGCGCUCGUUAUCGCGCAAGAGAAGAUCAUCGUUGUCGCCUAGGCGACGCUCCAGGCGGUCGUUGUCGCGAUCGCGCGACAAGCGGAAGGACAAGACGAAGAAGUACAAGUCGCGCAGUCGUUCGAGGAACCGCAAGCGGUCGCGCAGCAAGUCGCCGAAGAGGACGACGUCGAAGUCGCGCGAGAAGAAGCACAGCAAGAGGAAGCCGCACAGUAGGUCGCGCUCGAAGGGCGGUAGAUCCUGCUCGCGAGAUCGGGAUCGCAACGCGAGGAACUGGGAGCAGCUGAACGAGAAGAGCGUGGAGCAACAUCCCACCGUGGAGCAGCGGGAAUUCCCUCGCGAGCGAGAAGCGCGUUCUUGGAGCGCGCAGUGGACACCGUCCUGGUCGCAUUCACGAUCAAAGACGCCGGCGCACAUGCAGCAGGAGCAGCUUGGCUCCCGCAAUUGGUCGCCACCGCCGGUGUUGGACAGCGUGUCGCCGAAGAACCUGACCGUCAUCCUGACCAACAAGGAGGCGAUCAAGAAGAAGAAGAAGGAGCGCAGAAAAGAGAGCCGGAAAUCCAAGUCGGAGAGCGAGAAACGUCGGAAGGGCAAGCGGAAUAGGACGCCGCCUCCUUCGAAAGAGGUAUUUGCCAGUGGGGACAACAUCCUGGUGAGCGUGUGCUUCAACAAGGACAACGAGACGAACCCGACGGCCAUGCCGGAGCUGCAGGAGACUAUACCGUGCGCGCCGCCGAUAAAACGCCGACGAAGGGACUCUGUGCAGACUGUGGAGACGGCGCCUCCGAAGCGCUCGAAGAAAGAGAAAACGAAAGACAAACGAUCGAAAUCGCCGAAGGUGAAGAAGGAUAAGAAAAAGAAGUCUAAGGCGGCGGAGAUCGCGGCAACGAAGAAGCCCGUGGCCGUGAUUGACUUGGACCAGUCACCGUUCCGCGAACAGACCCCGUCACCGCGUGACGUAAUCGUACUGAGCGACGACGACGACAAGCAGGCACAGGAAGUCGCCACGCCGGAACAAUGCCCUCCGUCACAGGUGGUGUCGCCGCCGCGCGAACAGUUCGUUUCGCAGGGACCGAAAACGCCGCCCGAACCGCAGAUCAAGUUCUCCAUUAAUAAGCAGCCGAGCAACUUGCGACCGUCCCUGAUCAACCCACUGCUAGAGGAGGAGGAGGAAGAGGAAGAGAUGGAGGAAGAAGAGAUGAUGGACGAGCGAGCGGAGGAGGAGUUGGAGAUGCGUGCACAGGAAGAGCUGGAGCUACGUCUGAAGAUUGGCCCUAACACACCCCCGGAGCCGCCGACUUCACCGUUGAGCUCGUCGGAUGUUUAUGAUCCCUUCGACCCGACCAAGUCCCGUUCGCCGACUCCGGACGCCAGUCAAGAGGCCACACCGAACGACGAGCAUGAUCGUGCGCAGCGCAACUCGCCCAGGAAACACGACACGGCGGAUACACCGUUACCGGACGAGCCGAGCCAAUCUGGACAGGAUCAGCCCAGCCAAGAGAAACCGCCAGAGAAACCAAAGAUAAUAUCGAUGGUGACUAUUAAGAGAGCGUCACCCCAGAGGGAUACCGCGUCUCCCGCGCCGGAGAAUCAGACCGACAUAGCGCAAUCGUGUAGUAGUCCGCCCAAGACUCAACAGAAUCAGCAGAACGUGCAAUCUACUGCCAAUCCGUUCGCCACUAUCAAUCCCGUGUUGGCUACUGUGGCGGCCGCGGUGCAGAGAAGCGCUGUCUUCAACGCCAGCACUCCCAACACCACGCAAAGGACGCUACUUCAGUCUAACCGCACCUCGCCGAGCAAUCAGAUCAAGCAACGCACAAACGACAGGCCGCAGCUUCCUAACAUAUUUACAAAUUCCACGAAAACCACAAUGGCGCGAUCUUCCAAGUCCACUCAGGGUAAAAACAGCUCGACGAUAGGACAGAAUGGGAGCGACGCCGCUGCGGAUAUAACGAACGACAACGUCGACAUGUCGUCGCCAUAUUCGCCAGGUUCAACAUUAAGCGACGGUCUCUUCGAUCCUCCUAGUCCUGUCAAUUUCAACAGCUCACCCGUUGUAAACGCACCGCCUGCCACUACCAAGACUAGCAGCACGCCGAAGGUCAAUAAGAGUGCGGAAAAGAAGGACGCGUUCGACGCUUUGUUCGGUGCGGUAUUGCCGCCUGUUAAGGCUGCAACCAAGAACCGAAGUAAAAAGACUAAGGAAAAAACGAAAAAGUCUACCAACCCUAAAGUUGGCGUACGUAUGGAUGAGAACCAGCUUCAAAUCCUGGACGAUCUUCCUAGUUCUGCCGUAGAAAUGCAAGUUAAAGACAAGUUCCUUAAGAAAUUAAAUCGGCAAGAGAGAGUUGUGGAAGAAGUCAAAUUAGUUCUCAAACCCCAUUACACCAAAAAGCACGUUACGAAGGAGGAGUACAAGGAUAUCAUGCGCAAAGCUGUACCUAAGAUAUGCCAUAACAAGACAGGUGAGAUCAAUCCCAAGAAGAUAGCGCAUCUUAUAGAAGCAUAUGUGAGAAAGUGUCGAAACAAUAAGAAGAAGACUUCUUCCGCUAAAAUAUCAAAACCUGCGAAGACUCUAUGGAGUUGAUCACGUGUCAGCAAUCCUAGCGCAUUAGAAAUUCCUCCGACAUUAGGCCUCUCCUUAGACCACAUAUAAAAUACAUUCUAUCUUCUUCUGGAUGGUAAGUGAAUCAAGCGUUUUUAUCGCAACAUCUUCAUCGAUACAGUACCGAAAAAAGCCGAGUGUGUACAUAUACAUAAGUAAUAAAUAAUUGGUAAGAAUAUAAUAUUUUUUAUUUAUCUAUGUAAUUGUUUACACGUAAAACAUAAUUAAAUGAUAUUAAUCAACAUACACGUUCAUGCGUAUAUAAUUUGUACACGCAUGUGCGAAGGCGCUCAACGAUGUACGGCCUUGGCUCCGUUGUGCGUAAAAUAUACGGGCGUACAUUAUUGCGGUGCCUCGUCGAACAUGGACAUGGGUUUAGAUUGCAAUCGACCCAAUUUUACGAUAUAUUUAGGAAAUAUUGGGUUCGACAUGUUCAUAGAAAUUUUUGCCAAUUGCUCGAAGUCGUAGUACUUUCAUAGUUGGACGUAACUUUGUUCAGUAGUGUAUUCAUCGGUUUCUUUUUUUUUUUUUUUUUUUCGAUAAUAGGCAAAUAAUAAUUAUUAUUAUAUUAUGGAAAAAACGAAAAGAUCAGAUUGUGUCCGACUAUGAAAUUAUCGAUUUCGAGUUUUUCUUAAAAAUUUCUACAAACUUCUCGAACGAUCCAAUAUAUUAUUGUACGAUAAAAAAUAUUGAGUGUGUGUGCUCUUGUAGUUGGAGCAAAAGAAAACCGAAUGAGAGGACGCUCAAGUAAUUUGAAUUAUUAACAGAAGAAAGGAAAUAGGUCGCACUAAUAAUCUGCGCUGUAAAAUUGAUAGAUUUUUAAUCUUAUUGUUAUAUAAGCAAAAGUGGCCUCCACGUGGAAAUCAUUUUUUAUAUGAUUUUCAUUCUCAUCGCAACAAGAUAUGCGGAAACUUACUUUAAGAAAAACGAAUAAUUUUGCGAAUCACAAUGCACACAAAUUUUCUAUUACCGUUAGCAGAUUCAGAUGUAAAUAAAAUGCAACAUGUAUAAAAUUUCCGGACAUUCUGUGCACGAGGUGAAGUCAAUUUAGUUGCGUUGUAUAUGCGUGUUUAUUUUAGCUUCGUGUUUAUGCAUCCGAUAUACCGCCACCUAUUAAAAAGCAACAAAAAAUGUUUUUGUGGUACGUUUCGACACUCGAUUGCAGAAAGUCAAUUUUUGUUUAUAAUCCGUUUAUAAUCCGUAAUUUUAUGUAAAAAAAAAAAAAGAAAGAACGUUGCUUUGUGAAUCCCGUGAUCAAUAUUUACGUCUUGUGUUUUAACAUUAAAUGCGACUGCAUGAUUUACAGUUAUUAUAUAUUUAAUAUGAUCUUGUUAACCAGAUAUGUGUGGAAUUAAACGGCCACGUUAAGAAGGAUACGCAAGGACAUGAAUUUGUGUGUUACUUGCAAGAGGAUAAAAAAAUGACGCAUCAUGGGAACAGGGAAUCUCAUUUAAAAACAAAAAAAAAAUUUGAUGUAUUAAAUUGUGAGAAAUGUAUAACACAUUAAAAUACAAAGAUGUAAUCGUGAUCAUGAGAAUUACACUAGUAGUAAUAAAAAAAAAUUAUGAUAUAUAAUACAGCUACAACUUUUGCAUACCAUAAAAGAAUGUUAACGCAACGCAAUAUGUUCGUUUUAAAUAUUAAUACAGAUAUUUCUUCAACGUGCUGUAAUAAUUGAUGUCGAAACAAUAAAGUUUGUCAUCUAAGAUAUUGUUUCACAUUUUUAACAGUUAAAGGAAUAACUGUAUUUAAUAGCGGAAACGAAUAUGCUGUGGAAAUGUUAAUUUUUUAGAAUAUCAUUGUUACAUAUAUAUUUAACGCUGCAAUACGAAAUUCUGUUAGAUAUUUUACGACCAGAUUAUACGCUCACACCAUAUGAGAUACAUUACAUGGAUAGGUUUUGUACUUUUUAUGUGUAAUAACAGAAGUUAUAUCUGUUUUGAAACAUAUAAGAUACACACAUGCGUUUCAAAGAGAAAUAAAUAACUUAACUUAUAUGUAUCAAAGUGUAACACUGACUGUGGCGACUUGGAAGAAUAAUAUAUGGCGGUUCGUAUCAUAGAAUGUUCAACAAUGAUGUUAAAACCGUGUCCUUCAGCACAUUGAAGAAGGUCAUUAAUUCUUGUGUGCAUUAAUCCUCUUUUGUACUAAAUAGUGAUGUACAUAAACAAACGAAGAAUAAAGAGUUUAAUAUUAUCGAA